AUGUUUACACUGCACAUCCACAGUCACAAAAUGAACCAUGCCAUUUUCGCAAUCCUCUUAACUCUGGAAACUUCCAAUGCACAAGGAGCUUAUUACCCAAAUCACUGGUACGGAGCGAACUCGGCCAACGUUCUAUCAGGAAGCGUUCCUGAAUGGGGAUCGUCACCAAUACUCAAUGCUGGGACGUUGGCACCUCAUGUUUGUGGAUUCAAUCCUUUUAUUAGAAAGUGCAUGGACCCAGGAAACCACUGUCCGGGCCGAUGCAUGAACUUUAGAUAUACGUAUAAUACGCUAUACGAUUGCAGAUGUCUUGUGGUAAAUAAACAGUGA